CGCACUUUGACGCAGAAUAUCUUUGCCCAUGACUGGCAGUCUUCUAAUAUUCUUCAGUUAACGCCUCACGCCAUACCUCGGCAAGGUGGAAAGUAUUUUUGCUGAGCUGGGUUGUUUACAACCCGAAAACUGUUCAUCAUCCCCCAAAAUCAUUUUUGAUCAUUCAGCGCGAAAAAUCGUGUCUUAAAUUUUUGUCACUGUGUUUCAAUAGUGCGGUGAAAGUAUAUUUUUUUUACAAUGAAAGUGACCGUAACUACACUCAGCGAUGACAUCUUUGUAUUAGAUGUCAGCGAGGAGUUGGAGCUUGAAAACUUCAAAGCAUUCUGUGAAAUAGAAAGCGGUUUUCCGGCUCACGAAAUUAUGAUUGCAUUCAACGGCAGGCCCUUGAUGGAUGACAAAAAACCGCUUAAAGAACAUGGAAUUCGAGACGGAGAUGUUGUAAUUUUACAGCAUAUGCAACAGAGUGGAUCUGGAUUAAAUUUACAUACUUUUGACGGAGCAGUACCCACGUUGGACUUCAGUGAAAUCCGAAUUCCUGGAUCAUCCAAUCGAUCUGUACCUAGUUCAAGCGGAGCGCCAGUACAACAAAGAGCGCAGAAUUCGCGUACUGAAGAUGACCCUGUCAUGAUCAGAGACAUGUUUCUAGCUAAUCCUGAUCAACUGGCAUUACUUAAACAAAAUAAUCCUAGGCUAGCUGACGCUUUGCUUUCUGGAAACAUUGAGAGGUUCUCUAACGUUUUGAAGGAACAGAUCAAGUCACGCGAAGAACGCCAAGUACAGCGCGUGAGGAUGAUGAAUGCAGAUCCUUUUGACACAGAAACUCAAAGACUGAUAGCAGAAGAAAUACGGCAAAAAAAUAUCGAAGCGAAUAUGGAGGCAGCUAUGGAGUAUAAUCCUGAAACUUUUGGCACUGUAGUUAUGCUCUAUAUUAAUUGCAAAGUUAAUGGGUUUCCUGUGAAAGCAUUCAUCGAUUCGGGUGCCCAGACAACAAUCAUGUCCGCUGCAUGUGCAGAAAGAUGUCACAUAAUGCGUCUAGUAGAUACAAGAUGGGCAGGUGUGGCAAAGGGUGUAGGUACCCAAAAAAUAAUUGGGCGCAUUCAUAUGGUACAAAUACAAAUUGGACAAGAUCACCUAACCACGUCUUUUAGUGUUCUUGAAGAACAGCCAAUGGACAUGUUACUUGGACUCGACAUGCUCAAAAGACAUCAAUGCUGCAUAGACCUUAGAAAAAACUUACUAAACAUUGGUACCACCGGGACAGAAACGCCAUUUUUAACGGAAGGGGAAUUACCAGAAUGUGCGCGGCUGAGUGGAAACAGCGACAAGUCUUUGGAUGAUCGAGAUCUACAAAGAGCAUUAGAGGAUAGUUCAAAAGAUGCAAAGAAACAGAAACAGCAGGACGGGCUAAACGCAAGUAAUAGUCCUAUGAAUGUAACACCAUCAGUUUCAUCCAGUACAUCAAUGACUCUAGAAACAACUGUUCUUCCACAUGAUCCGUUUACAGACGGUACGGUGAAAGAAAUCGAAGCUUUAGGUUUCACUCGCGCCCAAGUAAUCUCAGAAUUACGUCGAUUUAAUGGAGAUAAGGCUCAAGCAACAGCCGCGCUGUUUGCAAAGUCCUUGAAAUUCUAAAAAUGGGAAUGUUACAACAUUUUAGGAAGCAAUACAGAACAUUAGUGAAAUAAAGAUUCGCUUGGUAAACAACAUGAAAUAUGCAUGGAUGUGUCAACAGUCAGGAAGGAACUCUUGUCAAUAUAUCUAAUGAAAUUGUCACUAUUCAUAUAGAUUUACUUUAAUUUUUUUUUUCUCAUGCAACGUAGGAACACGAAUAAAAAGUUACUAAUCGCAAGUCAUCAGAAUGAAUUACGCGCUACGUACUGCAAGUUUUAAACGUGUUGUGUAUUCCUUCGUACUAUAUUUGGCUUGGCUGUUGUUACUUUGAUAACUUUCUCAACUAUACGACUGAACAACAUAAUUAUACUUAUUGUUAUUUAUUGAAAACACACACACGCACGCACACACACAUGCACACUUAUACCCGAACGUACAUGUAUAGAGAAAAGCUUAUUACAUUUUGGAAAAAGGCUACCUUAUUCAAUACGGCAAAGUUGUGGUUUGAAAAGUUUCAUCAAACAAAUCGAUCGCCAUGAGAUGGACCUAUAUGUACUAUAAUGGUUCACUGUUGAUACUAGAGUGUAUAUUUAUAAAAAAUUUGUCAAACACGUAAUUUGAAUUACAUAUUACGGAUAUAUUCUUCUCUCUCAAUUCUGAUGAUUUCAGGUAUAAAUCUAAAAUCUCUAGACUUGGAUAAGUUUUAACAACUCAAUGAAAAUUGAAUGAAUUUUCUAUUAUAGGAAUGGACGAAAAUUUAUAAUCUUGCUUUAACGCUCAAAAUCAAUUCCAAACCCUGGUGAAAUACAUUAAUGAUUUCAUUUUUUCGCGAAUUAACCCUCAGACUAUACAUUGCUGACGACUGUCUACACAUAACUAAUUACGAGUACAUUGCUUCCAAACAUUCAUAAUUGUCUGUAAUUGUAAUAGCAAUAUAUUUGUGUAAAUAUACAUUAUAUUUAUCUACCGGUUUAUUGUUGGAGAUAUCAUUGGUAAAAAGCAAUAAAUUCAGAGAUAUUUGAAAAAA